GUGUGCCUGGCGGUGCGGACGUCCUGUGUGUUGCACCGUCCCACCCCCACCGUACUCGUCACCGGAGCCCGUACCUGCCCUUUCUGCUCCUCCUGCGGUACAAAAGCUCCACGCAUGCGAACUGACUUUCUCUCUUUAGUAUAAGCAAGACACAAGCCCAUAGACCAUCAUGGCAGAUGAUGAUUUUGCGACUGGGGACUCUGGGGCCUCUGCAACAUACCCCAUGCAAUGCUCUUCACUGAGGAAGAAUGGCUAUGUCAUGCUGAAAGGACGUCCCUGUAAGAUCGUUGACAUGUCUACCUCUAAGACUGGCAAGCACGGACAUGCCAAGGUUCAUCUUGUUGGACUUGACAUCUUCACUCAGAAGAAGUAUGAAGAUAUCUGUCCUUCUACCCAUAACAUGGAUGUCCCACAUGUAUCAAGGAAAGACUACCAGCUAUGUGAUAUCUCAGAUGGCUUCUUGACCCUGAUGGAUGACGGCGGAGAAACCAGAGAAGACCUUAAACUGCCAACGGGUGAUUUGGGCAAAGAAAUCCAGGCCAAGUUCGACAAUUCAGAUACGUUUAUGGUCUCUGUGUUGAAAGCAUUAGAUGAAGAGAAUGUAAUUGGCAUCAAGGCCAUGACUUCUUAAAUAAGUCCAGGACAACGCUGGAGACCUCACACUCCUAUUCUCCAUUAUGGCUUUGAAGCCUCACCAAAGCAACUGGCCUUCACACCCCAGAAACUGGACUGGGUCAGCUUCUUCAACUGUACCUUUGGCUCAGGGCUGACUGGCAUUCUCUUCAAUCAAUGAAGUUAUUCACUCUUAGUUUUCACAGCUUGCCUUUGAAAUGGUUACAGAUAUCAUAACAAGAAUUCCAAACAAUAUUCAAGCAAUUUGUAGUAUUUUUUUUAAUGCUGUUUAAAUCAUUCCUGUUUUGUUUUAUUUGAUUGUUUGUUUUUUUUGUUUGGUGAAAUGUGGAACUCAAUUUGGCUAUGAGCAUGAGUUUUAAGGUUUACCAUGAAGAUGCUACACCCUUUCUUCAGCUUCAGUUCUCCCUCAAAUGAUUUUUAUCUCCGCUGACUGACAAAAAAUCAGUUCAGAGAACCUGAAAACAUAUAACUUCAUUGAUCAUUAUGCCUUUCUGCCUUUUGACAAUUAAAACAUGCAUUCACACACUCGCACACACAAACACACACACACACACACACUUAAAUUGACAGUUGACUUGCAUACACAUGCCUUAGCAGCUAUGAAUUUAUGUAAACCGCAACAUUUUCUUUACUCUACAUUUCAGCUAUCUUGGGGCAAGAUUUCUACUGCAUGUAACCAGGUCUCAAUUAGGUCGGCCUUUUGUAGCAGGAAACUGCUGUCUCAGCCGUUCUGAAGCUGAACAGGCCUGGGCAGGGGUGGUUGGGUGGGGCCAUUUUCUCUUCUGUGCUCUGAAUCUUUUUUCCCUUUCACUUGAGGCCUUUUGUGAGCUGACAAAUGUAUAGAAAAAUAUUUUCAAAGAACAAAACACUGAAAACCUUUACUGUUACAAUCUUAAAACAAUUUUAUCACAAAGCUUAAUUUCACCAACAAAGCUCUGUUCAAAACAGAUGUUGUGUCAUCACAAUGCUAAGGAUAAUGAUGACUUCUAGGCAUGCAAUAGUAAAAUCAAGGAAUCAUUUUAAGUCUUCUAUGACCUAACAAAAUCUAAGUGGUAGUUCUGCUUUGGGGUAUGAAUGAUAGGAGACAUUGAUACCUGUUAGAUGAGUGUUACCAUUGAGCUGUGUUAUGGGUGGUGGAACGUAUCCUUAGAAAGUAAAUUGGGUGGGAGGACCGUUAGCGGUUUUAAUCGGCUUUUUACGGGGUUUGUGCAGAGUUUGCAAAUGGAUUGUUGCUCACAUGGGUUUUAUGAAAUGGUUAUUCUCUAUGUUUACAUACACAAAAUGUUACCGGGAGACAUCGGGUAAUUUCAGGAAAGCGGGUUGCAUUUAUAUGCACUGCAUCGAUGUGGUUGCUGUAGAGUCUGCAUUUACGUGCAGGUAGUCAUUUUUCUCCCCUACCUCCUACCAUAAAAUUAAAACAGUAAACUGUUUUAAGUGUUUUUGCAAUAUUUUUUUUUUAUUUUCUGAUCUGAGCAUUUGGACUGAUGGUGUGAUGAGGUGGAUAGACUUGAGUGGUGAAACCAUUUUUUCAAGAGUGCAUGUAUUGAGAAAUUGUACGAAUAAACGGCUGUUCAGCUGCUGUUCAUAGCAAUACUUUUCUAAUUUCAAGUUUUGGUCCCGAUCCUGCGUUUGUGAAAAACCCUGUUAGAAACUCACUUAAGCAUAUACUCGGUCAAGGAAUCUGAUUUCUCUUGCAGAAAUCCCUCAGUAUCUUGCAAUGGGAAAGGAAAGCGUUUAUGUGACAUCAGAUUACUGCCAAAAUAUUGACAGUGGAUAUCUUUGAUCUGUGUAAACACACUGAUUGUAAUGUUGAUAUUGGAAGGUAUUCUGUCCAGCUUUUGAGUGUGUUCAUUGUACAAAGGCAGCCGGUCUGUUAUUUUUGUUCUGACUUCAGUCCUUGGAAAGUAUUUUUUACUUCCGUCACAACACCAAAGUAACCCACUGAAUGGUUUGUUGUUUAAGUUCUACAUAAGUUGUUUCUCAUUGUUCUGUUCUCACUCAAUUUGUGCUAUUUGUUGUUGUUGUAUCUCCCCCCCCCCCCCCUUGAUGUCAUGUUGGUUGCUGUGGCAUUACAACAGUGACUUCCAAAUCUGGCCUUUGCCCUGUGUCAUUUAAAUUUUCACAUAUGGUACACAACAGCACAACAGUACUCUGCACUGCAGGGGCCAAAGAUGGAGGCCACAUGACUGGACUCUGUACGAAUGGCACAUUUCAUGUUGGGUUUUCAUGUCUCUGAGCAGCAGUAAAAAGCAUUUGACGAGCAAAUACACGCUCUAAAGGCAGCAGUAUAGUAGUGACUGCAGGCCGUUGGAAUGACUGAUUCUGCGGCAAAUGGGGGCACGUGCAAAACAACCUUUAGUCCCUGCUUGUCUUCAUUAGCACAUAAAUCUUAUCGCAACUUCAGCCUGAAGCACCUCAACCUAAUUUUAUCUUUCUUGGGGAGUAAUAAGCCCAAAGGAUGUGUGUGUAGAAUCUUACCUGGACUGUUCUGGGGUAGUUAACAGCUGUGCAAAACUUAAACUAGCUUGACCAGCGAUCCAAAACAUAUUUGAGCACUGUGCUCCGUCUGUUUUGUUUGAAAUAAUGACACCGUGCCUGUAAAGACCAGUUUCUAGUAUACUGUUUCCUUAAAUGUAUAGCUAGAUUUCUAAAAGUAUCCUUAUCCUAAUCAGUCCGAUCUGUAAUGCAGGUUAAUAGCUAAACUGUUCGUCCUUUUUCACAGUCCUAACAGAAGACAGACAGUCUUCCUUAAGCCAUAUUUGGGCCCCGUUCAAGUGUCUGUAACCAAGGCCAGCUGGUCAGCUCCAUUCCCUCCAAUUGUUAAGCUCCUCUGGCCUCUGAUGUGUAGCACUAAUUACCACCACACAUUUUGUCAAUGAUUUUGUACCUUAGAGUUCGGUAACAGGACUGACCUCUGUUCCUGUUUUAAGAAAAUGGUUACACUGCAAGGGAGAUGUCUUGUCCUUGUCGGCUUCACGUGCUGAUGUAGGAUCAGAGACUGCAAAAUGACUGAGGUCAGUGUCAUGAGGACAGAUAUUCUCAGGGCUCCAGUUACAGUUACUUUAAAGGUGUCAGCAGUGGGGAUCAUAAGAGAUUAUUAGAGUCGUUUUUAUGUUGGCUGUUUUGAAGUUGGAGAUCUGAUGUUGAAGAAUGUUACAUUUCCUGUUAGUCUUCUCGGGUGCCUCUCAUCAAAGCCUGUCCGCUUCACAUUUUCUUAAAAUUAUGCUACUUCUUUAUUUUUAUUUUCUUUUGCAACAAACAAUGGUUUAUUUGUACAGUGUGUUACAUUCAGACAGGGAAUAGAUGAAACGCUAAGUCUUGUAUACUGUAUGUUCCUGUCAUAAACUUGGGGAAGGGGUUUGCAGGUAUUUCCCCAUCCUUCCUUUAACGUUUCUUGGGGAAAUCUGACCUCGAGCUUCUUCUGGAACAUAAAGAUACACGGGCCCCUCUCUUCCCUAUUCUAGUUAAUGUAUGACUGCUGUCUUAAAAAUCACAACUGUCUGUUUUUAUUAGGCAAAAUAAAGUUCAUGCAGAUGUUACUGUCUAUAA